AUGGAGAGGAAUUUACCCUGCCAUGCCGCCAUCCUCGUCGGUGGCCUUUCCCUCCUGACCCCAACACCAUCAUCCCCGCCGACCCAUCUCAGUAAGGCCGGCAACUCCAGCGCCUCCGAGACCUCAGACACGGGCGUGAGUGGCUCGUCGGCGCUGGACCUCCUCUGCCCGAUGACCUUGUGCCAGCUCAGGCGUAGCAGCUGGCCCGUGUUCCAUCUUCAGAGGAGUAGAGAGGCGGUCAAGGAGGAGGGGAUGGCGGAGGGCCGGAGCUUGGCUAGGAACGGGGAGGAGAAGUGGCGGCGGAGGGAUGCCGGAGAACGAUCCGGAGACGGCGGAGGUUGCGUGCCUGAGAAAGGCUGA